UCAGUAAUCAGUUUCUGUCGCUCAGACACAGGUUCCCAAGUCUGGAGGUUUCGCUCGGCUCUUGCAACAACAUCACAAGGUCGGCGUCAUGGUUCACCUGUCGGGCAGUUUCCUUGGCAGCACCACCGCUCUGGCACCUCAGAAUGGGGCCAAGACGGUCAUGGCUGCUACGAAAAUCGUGAGGAAAGCUCAGAAAGCUGCCAAUUCGGCUACCCGCACCUACAAGAAAUUCGACGGUGAUGCACUGUGGCUACCCAACACACAGAGGCCAGCCUGGUUGGAUGGAUCUUUGCCAGGAGACCGGGGAUUCGACCCAUUGGAAUUAUCGAAACCAUCAGAAUUCCUUCAGGUUGAUCUGGACCAGAGUGACAUCAACAAGUCUGUGAACAAGGCGGGCGGCAUUGUUGGCAAGUACAGCAGCUCCAAGGUCCAGGCAACUGGCGCUGCUCUGUCGCCAUACUCUGAGGUGUUCGGCCUGCAGCGCUUCCGCGAGACAGAGCUCAUCCACGGCAGGUGGGCCAUGCUCGGAGCGCUUGGCGUCGUGAUCGCAGAGGCAACCACCGGUGUAUCCUGGGUGGAUGCUGGCAAGGUGGAGCUGGACGGCACACAGUACCUGGGCUUCAGCCUGCCCUUCUCCAUCAGCCAGCUGAUCUGGAUCGAGGUCCUACUGGUGGGCGGUGCUGAGAUCUACCGCAACAGGUCCACCGACCUGCAGGAGCGCAUCUACCCAGGCGGCCUGUUUGACCCCCUGAAGCUGGCGUCAGAUGACUCUCAGAGGACAUUCAAGCUGCGCGAAGCAGAGAUCAAGCACGGGCGCUUGGCUAUGGUGGCAUUCUUGGGUGCGCAAUUACAAUCCAGGCAAAGCUUGUAUGAGAGGUCGCAAUGGCCUUGA